AUGGGGCCGUCACCAUCAAUGGAGUCGCUCUUAAGGCGCGUGGACACCAACAACAUCGUGGAUACGCGACAAAUGUCCUCCGGAGAGCGAUUCCUAGUCGCAUGCUUCCUCGGAGCCGCGAUAUGGAACGCUGUGGGCAUGUUCCCGAUGAUUUUCAUGACGUUCAAGCGGCUGUGGACGUUGUACUUUUGGGCGAUGAUACUGUCAACCAUCGGGAUUCUUAUCUGCUCGACUUCACAGAUCAUCAGCAUUGCAGCACCUACUGUCAGUGGUAUGAUUAAUGGGGUCCUCUCGUGUAUUGGAUGGGUCUUCAUGGUCACCGGACAGUCAGUCGUACUAUACUCGCGUCUACACCUCCUGGCCAUUACAAGAAGGGUUCUGCGUCUGGUGUUGUGGAUGAUCAUCAUCAACGCUGUCACGAUUCACGUCACCGGCACGGUUCUCACUGUUGGGACACGUUUGCAACCCCCAAAAUCGGUGCCUUUCACAACGGCCUACAGUGUUUUUGAGAGAAUCAAUAUCACGGUUUUUUUCACCCAGGAGACGAUAAUAUCUGGACUCUAUCUGUGGAAGUCUCGUGACUUGCUUGGCCGUUAUUCAAAGCCGAAGGUCGUUGAGGAGGAACCUACAAUCCGUCGCUAUGCGACUCCGAGGGUGACAACGUCGCUGCGAGUUGUGAAGAGCAUUCUCACGCAAUUAAUCAUUGUAAACAUCAUUGUGCUGUUCCUGGACGUCACAAUUGUUGUACUAGAGCAUGCUGGGUUCUAUUUUAUCCAGCUGGGCUACAAGAUUUUUGUGUACAGCGUAAAGCUUCGGAAUGGGAUUCCACUCUGGAACGAGCUUUUGGCACACAAACGAGCGCAGACGUCGGAACCAGUACCUCCGUCCACAACCAACAUGACAAUACAAGAGCGUCGUCUGGCUCCCAUGUUAGCCAAGAGAAAUGGCUUGAGAGACAAGAAACCAGCGUCACGGACACAUGACCCCCGUCUGAUAUUUGCCACCACAUCAACGGGCCUGGCAUUCCACGAUUUCCAGCCCUUCACACCGAUUUUGUUGUUUGGAGUACGACAUCUGCAAGCAUUCGCUCGCAUCGACCCCGAAAGUCCACCGCCACCAACAACAAUCUUCAAGUCGACUCGAGCGCUUCCCUCUCCCUCACAGCUGAUGCGAGGCACCGCCAAAUGA